GGAAAGAAAAGUUUUAAUAUGACAAAACUAAGCAAAGGUGAACUGCUUCGUUUACUCAGCAUCCUAGAAGGUGAAUUGGAAGCAAGAGACAUUUACAUCACAACGUUACAGGCACAGUUAAAUGUUGGACAUGCAAAUGCUCGUUACUUUCAACACAAAAUACGUGAUCCCUUCCUUGCCCUGAUAAGGGAUAAUGAAGCUAUGAAUGGUAAUGUUACAACUGAUACCAAUUUCACUCGGAUCCCUAUGCUAAAUACCAAGACAAUGCAGCCUUUGCCAUUGCUGGAAAAAUUAAUUCAGCAGUUUAAGAAUCAACAAAACAAACUUCAACAGCAUGUUGCAUUGGGUGAGAUGUAUUACCAACUGGUAAAUGAAGAAUUAUUACGAACAAAAAGAUUGCAUGUACAAGCUAACGAUACAGAAAACUUGCGAAAAGAACAAAUAAAGCUAAGAACACUUGCUUUUUUGGAACAAAAAAAAGUGAAACACGUGGCAAAUGAAUAUAAGAAGUUGCUUCAGAUAAUAUCAAGUGAACGAAAAAAAUAUAGAAUGAUUCUAUCAUUGUUGUUGGAAGAGAAAGCUUGUGGUAAUGAAGCAGAAACUGAUUCAACCUUAAAUAAUCUACAAGCAAAAUUAAAUGAGAUGGCUGAUGCGAAUAAAGGCUUAGAACACUUGGUUAUGAUCUACAAAGCAAAUGAGAAAGAUUUAAAAUCUGAAAUUGCAACGCUAAAAUCACAGGUUGAUGAAUUAAAGCAAAGCAUUCCAAGUCAUGACUCAAUUGAUGGAAACAGAAUGGGCGUUGUGACAAUUGUUCCAACUGGUAGUGAAGCUCAUUUAAGGUUGAAACAAGUUCAUGGUAACAAACCUGUCAUCUACAAGUCUGACAAGAUCAAGAAAUGCUUUGAUGUGAAUGGGGUUGAUGGAUCUCUCUGUGUGGAUCACACAAACAGUGAUGUGGAGAAUAAGAAAUCUUCACUUAAAUUUAUUCAUAAAGCAGAUGAUGUGACCACAACAUCACAACCAAGUGUUAUUAUGAAACCAAAAUUGCGAUCUUCAAAUCUAAGUUUACCAUUAUCAUCAACUUCAAUGAUAUCUUCCCCCACCUCAGGGGGCGCAGCUAACUUUGCAUUGGAUUCACCCAAUGAACCAAAGUCUUUCUGCUUUCCUAAAAAGCCAUCAACGGUUUCAACUUACAAGGCAACCUCUUUUCAAGUUGCAAGACAAAGAUUUCAACGACCUUUCACUGCAGAUAAUUUAAAACAAAAAGAUAAGACAUCAGCAAUGCAGCAAUCGUUUCCUCCUGUUUAUAAGAAUAACAGAAACGAAAACACAAUCACUGUAGCAGUGUCAGAAAAGUCAACUGAUGGUCAAAGUAAAUAUAAACCCCAACCUCCAAAACCAUCUAAAUAUUCGACAAACAACAAAAAAUCUGAUGAAACAACUAGAGCACACCCCCCACCACUGCCUCCAAAAAAACCAAAUUUACAUUCAAAACAAAGCAGCAAUUUAACAUGUGAAGUGAAAAAGAAUGAGCAGAUCAAAAAGAAAGAUGACAGACCAAAUAAUCAAUCCAAUACAAGUCGUUCUACAAAAGCAACAACAGAAAAUCAAACACCAAAAAAAAUUGGAAUAAAGCGUCCAACAUCAUUGAAAACAAACAAUUUAAAUGGAAAUUCAAACCGCUCUGUUUCAAGUUUAAGUGCCCAACAAAGAUUAUUUCACCAACUUGAAGAUGGUGGUUUACGGUCUCCUGUUACCAAUAAUGCACCUAAAUCUCCACUUAAUACCUUUAUGGGUUCACAAUGAAACAAGUAAUUUGUUCUGUAUGACUAUUUGUUCUUUUAUUCAAUUAUGUUUGCUACAUUUAAGUGUAACAGAAAAACUUUCUUCUUGAUAACAUUGUCACUUGACACUUUGGCAGUGGUUCAAAUCACGUCUUCUUCUGUUGCUUUUUGAUUCCGUUAAAGUGUUUGAAUAUAAGUUUGGGCACUGCCCAAUUUGUUUCAUCCAAAAAUGCAUCCCAUAACCAAUUUACAGAAUAUAGGACAUGAAAAUCAUGGAUGUUCAACUCUGAUAGUGUUUACUGUAAAAUUUGAUCUUCAGUUUUACCCCCCAAAUUUUAAAAAUAAUUUUAAAUGUUGUUUAUUAUUUGUAAUGGUAUAUUACUAAAACACUUCAAAGUUAAAAUCAAGUUUUAAUUCUGUAUGAUAUGCAACCUAUUGCUAGCACUUCAUUUACAGCUCUUAUUAAACACUGUGUUAUAACCAACUUCAUAUAAUUUUUAAUUGACAAACGCUGGUAGUGCUAAGUCAGUCUAUCUUCAUUGUACAAUAGAUUUGCACUAAAGCAACAGGAUUUGCACUUAAUUAACUUUUUAUCAACUUACUUGUGUUUCAUUUUGCUUAUCACAAACAGAAAACUUAUGUAUUUCAAAGUCAUGAAGAUUAGCAGCAAAAAAAUAUAUAUGCUACUUUUUAAUGAUUUUUCUAUCAAAACAUGUACAUAUGCUACUACAUUGCAGUCUGGUGCGUAAAUGUGUUCAACUAUUGUAUCAACAAUCUUAUUUAUAGCUGCCAUUGUUUGAUGCUGACACCACUUAGUUUAGCUGCUCCAUGUUGUUAUUAAGUCAUAUUAUGUAUUAGUGCAGUAUUGUUAUCGCUUACAAAACCAUCCUAAACAGCUUCUAGCUUGAACUGCUUUCUUAUGCUUCAAUUGUUUUUAACUUUAAUGGAUUACUAGAUGUUUAUGUGAUAAUGAUGAACCAAUGUAUUAAUUAAAUGUGCUUAUAAACUCAUUGUUUUUUAGCUUGGCUUUAUUGUCUUAGAUUUCUCGUGUAAAAUAAAAAUAAAAACAGAAU